AUCUCCUGUCUAUCUGUCCCUACCCCAAAAAAAUACCAUUAUUUCUACCUCACCAUAAAACCAAUAAAGAACAUCAAAACAGAAACCAUUGAAUCAAUCAAAGUUUAGGGUUAGGGUUUUCCAAUUUCUCCCCCAGUUUUUGAAAAUCCCUCCCAACUCCAAGAUUUGAUUUUCUCUCUCUCUCUCUCUCUCUCUCUCUCUCUCUGCAAUAUUUAUAUACCUAUACAGGCCGCCUAAACCCAUUUGGGUGCAAUGGAUUUUAACGUCUCGGAUGAGAUACUGGGGACUUUUGUUCCGAUUUUGGUGUAUUGGGUUUACUCAGGAAUCUAUAUCCCACUUGGGUGUUUCGAGAAUUACCGGUUGCACUCGAGGAAGGACGAGGACGAGAAGAACUUGGUGUCCAAACAGACGGUGGUGAAGGGCGUUCUUCUCCAACAGAUGGUUCAGGCUGUGGUCGCAAUCAUCUUGUUCACUGUUACUGGAAAUGACAGUGAUGCUUCUGUGGUUCAACAGCCUCCUCUUGUUCUCUUCAGACAGUUUGUCGUUGCAAUGCUGGUUUUAGACACUUGGCAAUACUUCAUGCAUAGGUAUAUGCAUCACAACAAGUUCUUGUACCGACAUAUCCAUUCCCAACAUCACCGGCUUGUGGUUCCAUAUUCAUUUGGAGCUCUAUACAACCACCCGGUGGAGGGGCUUCUCCUUGACACAAUAGGUGGAGCUCUAUCUUUCCUCCUCUCCGGCAUGUCUCCUCGGAUGUCCAUCUUUUUCUUCUCCUUCGCUACCAUCAAAACAGUUGAUGACCAUUGUGGGCUGUGGCUUCCUGGGAACCUAUUUCACUUUUUCUUCAGAAACAACAGUGCCUAUCAUGACAUCCACCAUCAGCUCUUCGGCACUAAAUACAACUACUCACAGCCGUUCUUCGUCAUGUGGGAUCGAAUGCUUGGCACUUACAUGCCUUAUUCACUUGAAAAGAGAGCUGGUGGUGGCCUUGAAGCAAAACCCGCUAAAGAUUGCAAGGACUAGUGGUGAACUACUAGUUUAUUGUAGUUGUUACCAAACAUAUACCACUAAUAUUAGUCUUUCCAUGUGGUUAAUUGUUUAUCUGAUUGGAUGAGGGAUCUUGACGUAGCAGUUAGGUUGCUCAAUUACAACCUGGAGAAAACAUGGGUUUGUUCAAAACACAGAAUCAGCCUCCCCCUGCGCUCGGGCAAGGCUGCAUAUACCAUAUCCUCUCCGGACCGGGAGUCGCCUUUUAAUUGCUACUUGACUUGUAUAGGGAUUGUUGUAUCACUGGUUUUCUUUGUUCAUGUAAGUUCUUGGUACUCAUCAAUAAUGGAAGUGAGAGCCGAAUAUUGUCAUCA